ACUAAGCCCCGCCCGCCGUGGCGAGCAUGUUCGUGCAUCCAGCCAUCCACCCAGGAUCAUCCGAGGAAAAGGAAGAAAAUCACAGGCUGUCAGAAAAGUUUUCCUGCGGGCAGAGGAUCGCGCUCUCAGGAUUAUUAAUUGUCACAAUAAACUGUAUUCAUCAUGGACGCGUUGAAAUCCGCCGGGCGCGCGAUCAUUCGCAGUCCCAGUCUGGCUAAACAGUCUUGGACCUCUGGAAAACAUAAAAAGCUGCCAGAGAACUGGACAGACACGCGGGAGACGCUGCUGGAGGGGAUGGUCUUUCAGCUGAAGUAUCUGGGCAUGACGCUGGUGGAGGAACCCAAAGGAGAAGAGCUCUCAGCCGCUGCUGUCAAGAGAAUCGUUGCCACAGCUAAAGCUGGUGGGAAGAAGCUUCAGAAGGUGACGCUGAAGGUUUCUCCUCGAGGGAUUAUUCUCUACGACAGUGCAUCAAACCAGCUAAUAGAGAAUGUGUCCAUAUACAGGAUAUCAUACUGCACGGCUGAUAAGAUGCAUGACAAAGUGUUUGCCUACAUCUCUCAGAGUCAGCGCAAUGAAACGCUGGAGUGUCACGCGUACCUCUGCACCAAGAGGAAAGUGGCUCAGGCGGUGACGUUAACGGUGGCUCAGGCUUUCCGUGUGGCAUUUGAGUUUUGGCAGGCUGCUAAAGAAGAGAAAGAGAAGCAGGUGAAGUGUGGAUCUGAUGGAGAGGCGGCCAGCAGCUCUCAGUCUGAGAGUUCAGCCAGUCUGGGCAGCACGAAAGGAGGAGAGGUGGCCACUGGGGAUCUACUGGACCUUGAAAUUGGAGUAAAAGAUCACUCAGGAAAAAACGCCACACUCCCGGCACAGAACCUCAGCACAGAGAACAACAACACUGUCUGGGAACUUGAGGAUGGUCUAGAUGAGGCUUUCUCAAGACUCGCUGAGUCUCGCACUAACCCCCAGAUGCUGGACAUUGGGGUAAACCCUCAGGACUACAACCCUGAAGAGUGCUUGUCGCCUAGCAACUGGGACAAAGCCGAUGCUGAGGCUGCCGACGCCGAGGACGCGUUCGGAUUCUGAUCGGCGGUUCGCGGAGGAACGAUCUGAUCAGACGACACUGAAGGGAAUGGAGCUCGCUGCGCGUCUCAGCGGCGCCCUCUGGCGGCCGUAGCUGAUUCCUCGGCCGGCUUUGAGUUGACAUGCGUUUCGGCAAACCCAACGAGAUGACUUCAACAAAAGCACAGACCAAAGCAAUACUUUUUUCCCCUUUUUAUUAUCCCCCCCGAAUUACGUUUAAGUAUAGUGACAUUUAAAGUUUUCUGUUACUUCCCAUAAGUUGCUUUUUUCUUUGUAUUUGUAUGAAUAUAAAAUGUAUGUGUACAACAAUAACUGUAUAAUAUUUGCUCAGUUAUUAUUAUUAUUAUUAUUAAUGGGUUUAAUUGCUGAGGCUAGCUUUGCAAUUCUAUGCAGUCGAAUUUCUGAAUAUAUAGUCUCGGGGUAAUGCUUACUAAAUUACAUGAUGUUUGAAGUUUUUAAGCGCUGAAGUGGUGAAGGUGUUGUAUAUGUGAGUUGUCUGCCCUCCGAUGUAUGAAAACGAAUGGAUACGCAGACAUGAAGCAUACAAUAAUGGACAAAAAAGAGAAAGCAGGGUAUUUAAAUGGGACAAUCUUAUUUUGUUUUUCUAUUAAAAUGUAUUUUUGCACUUCUCUCUGUGUCUCUUUCUAAAGCUUAUGGUUUCAUUUCAGGAUCUUUCUGCUUAUGCCAUGCUUAUUGUUCAUUCUUCAUCAGGUUACCAUACUCAUCCAAUAAAGCAUGGAUGUCACAGUAUCAGAUGGUAUUAGGGACUUCAUGGUAUCAUGGUACUACUAUAUGUAAGUGUUUAAAAAGCAAAAACAUUGUAUUACCAUAUAUGUCCGUGGUAUGUUUUUAUGGAAAUGCCAAUCUAUUUUGUAAUGUUACAUGUAUUCCUUU